CAGCAUCUUUCUUUUUCACGCCUGUCUUUUCAUUCAUUACGGCCAACAAGCUCCUCCUCUACUGCUCUCUAUCGCUAUCUGGCAACAUGCUCCCUCUUUACCCUCACACAACUACUCAUUCUGCCUGGCGCUCUCCUCAUCGCCCUGUCUUCACCACCUACACCCCCAUCUCCUACCAGACCCCCGUUCUCGGCCCCUUCACCCCAAGCAUUCAUUCCAACUUUUCAUUGACCGACGACUCUGAUGAGGAAGAGUUCUUGCUGCGCGCUGCCCUCGAGCGAAAGCAGCGGGAACGACUUGCCCGCCAGCAACUUCGUCACCAGCAACUGGAGCAACAGCGUCUCAUCGAACAGCAGCGACAGAUUGAGCAGCAGCACUACGAAGCCUUGCUCCGAAAGGAGAGAGCUCGACAGCUCAUGGUCGCUCAAGCACAAGCAAAGGAGCAGCUCCAGGCGAGACAGGAGGCUAUCCAACGAUAUAACCGCGCGCAAUUGAAUAAGCAGCAAUAUCAGGCGGCUGCCCUUAAAGCGAUCCUGUUCCAGCAAGUCCAUCAAGCGCAGCAAGAACAAGAUGCUGCCCGUGACCGUGCCAGAGUUCAAGCGCUCGCGGAAGCCAAGAGACAGGCUGCGCUCGAGCGUUUCACUCACGACCAAGAUGACGGUGAAAACAGCGAUGACGAGUUCCUGAACCCCUUCGGCAACCUCUUGGAGGCAUUGUUCUUGCAGAACCAAAAGCGAACCCAGUCUCAGGGGGACACCUAUCCGAGUAAGCGACGCCAGCAGACUUGUAUCUGCCAGCAGCAGGAUGAGACCCAGGCCCAGACGCGGAAGGACCGUGUUGUCGAACAAGAGUCCAAGGCGGCCGAGAAGCUCAAGGAAGACCCACUCAAGAAGCAACAUGACGAGCACGAGGAGUUGUUUGCAACUUUGCCAGCCAUCCUGUCCUUUGUCGAGGGCAUCUUUGGAGGUGAGGAUCGCCGCCCAUACUCUCAACAAGGCUGCGCCCAGUCAUCAUUGUCCAACAAGGCCGGGUCCUCUAGCUGCGCUUUCAAGGACAGUAACAUCUGCUGUCAGAGGAACACUACCCCUGCUGCCGAUGCUGGCACUAAGGUCACCCCCGCCACCGACAACAGCGCUCAUUCCUCGUCGCAGUCAUCGCCCGAAAUCCGAGCUGCCGACAUCCUCCUUCAACGGCAACAGCGCGCUCAGCAGCAUAUUCUUUCCCUCCAGCAGAAGCACUCCUCACUGAAUCUUAUCGAUUCGGCCCUCGACAGUUUCGCACGCGACCUCUCCGAAGCUCUCCGGUCCUCCACCGCCUCUAGUUCCACUUUGGAAGAGACCAAGAAAACCGUCCUGUCCGCAGAGGAGAACGUAAGCAAGGCCAUGUUCCAGAUUGACUCUGUUGAAAGCGAAGGCGACCUCUCUGUGCGCCAGCGUCGUAAGGAGUUAAUCAAGAAGAGUCAGGACCUGCUGGAGAUUGUGGAUAAGUACAAGAACCAAGGUGCCAACACUGGCAAGAAGGUCGCUCGCUCUUCUAGCUUUGAAGUCGAACCUGAGCUUGAGGUAUCUGAAGAGAAUGCUGAAGUCAUUAUGCAGCAGGAGACUGCCGCGAAGCCAGCUGGCGCCGUUGAGCCCUUGUCUUUGCCCGAGUCCCUGACACAAGAAGUACAACACGAGGUCGCUGGAGAUGAUGAGGAUGAGGUGGUGGAGCCUUACACGGUGACAGAGUCGGUGCCUUUUUCGUCUGUGGAAUCGGCGACAGUUCAAGACGACAGCGAGCAGACGCCCUCUAUGGCCAAGACCACAACGGCUGUUGAUGAGUCUUUUGAAUCGAGAUCAUCACCAUAUUUGACGGAGAAGACGACUGUAGAAGAGGAGGAGGAGUCCGAGCAAGCCCACGAUGAUUAUGACAUCCUUCCUGAGUUCUAAAACCCCCUUAUUCUCCGUAUGUUCGUGAAAUGAACUUUUCAUAAUAAACAGAAUACUCUGCUCUUUUCGUUCGAGAUGCAGGCUGCACAAUG